AUGUACCAAACACUCCUCAUCUCCUCCUCACUCUUCAUCCUCCAUGUGAUGGCCACUCCACAGUUCCAUGGGUAACCGCUCCCUCAUUCCAUUUCCUGUGUUUGUUAUUGGCCGUCACUCAUUGGUCGGUUAAGCUAUUGGUCCUUGGGAUGGCUCGGCUACAUGGGCCUUUAGCUUCAGUUACACACCAACCAUUUACGCAGUUAAUUGAAGGCUACAGUGAGAGAAAAAAGUAUUUGAUCCCCUGCUGAUUUUGUACGUUUGCCCACUGACAAAGACAUGAUCAAUCUAUAAUUUUAAUGUUCGGUUUAUUUGAACAGUGAGAGACAGAAUAACAACAAAAAAAUCCAGAAAAACGCAUGUCAAAAAUGUUACAAAUUGAUUUGCAUUUGAAUGAGGGAAAUAAGUAUUUGACCCCUCUGCAAAACAUGACUUAGUACUUGGUGGCAAAACCCUUGUUGGCAAUCACAGAGGUCAGACGUUGCUUGUAGUUGGCCACCAGGUUUGCACACAUCUCAGGAGGGAUUUUGUUCCACUCCUCUUUGCAGAUCUUAUCCAAGUCAUUAAGGUUUCGAGGCUGACGUUUGGCAACUCGAACCUUCAGCUCCCUCCACAGAUUUUCAAUGGGAUUAAGGUCUGGAGACUGGCUAGGCCACUCCAGGACCUUAAUGUGCUUCUUCUUGAGCCACUCCUUUGUUGCCUUGGCCGUGUGUUUUGGUUCAUUGUCAUGCUGGAAUACCCAUCCACGACCGAUUUUCAAUGCCCUGGCUGAGGGAAGGAGGUUCUCACCCAAGAUUUGACGGUACAUGGCCCCGUCCAUCGUCCCUUUGAUGCGGUGAAGUUGUCCUGUCCCCUUAGCAGAAAAAAACCCCCAAAGCAUAAUGUUUCCACCUCCAUGUUUGACGGUGCGAUGGUGUUCUUGGGGUCAUAGGCAGCAUUCCUCCUCCUCCAAACACGGCAAGUUGAGUUGAUGCCAAAGAGGUUGAUUUUGGUCUCAACUGACCGCAACACUUUCACCCAGUUCUCCUAUGAAUCAUUCAGAUGUUCAUUGGCAAACUUCAGACAGGCCUGUAUAUGUGCUUUCUUGAGCAGGGGGACCUUGAGGGCGCUGCAGGAUUUCAGUCCUUCACGGCGUAGUGUCUUGGUGACUAUGGUCCCAGCUGCCUUGAGGUCAUUGACAAGAUCCUCCCGUGUAGUUCUGGGCUGAUUCCUCACCGUUCUCAUGAUCAUUGCAACUCUACGAGGUGAGAUCUUGCAUGGAGCCCCAGGCCGAGGGAGAUUUACAGUUCUUUUGUGUUACUUCCAUUUGCAAAUAAUCGCACCAACUGUUGUCACCUUCUCACCAAGCUGCUUGGCGAUGGUCCUUGUAGCCCAUUCCAGCCUUGUGUAGGUCUACAAUCUUGUCCAUGACAUCCCUUGGAGAGCUCUUUGGUCUUGGCCAUGGUGGAGAGUUUGGAAUCUGAUUGAUUGAUUGCUUCUGUGGACAGGUGUCUUUUAUACAGGUAAAAAGCUGAGAUUAGGAGCACUCACUUUAAGAGUGUGCUCCUAAUCUCAGCUCGUUACCUGUAUAAAAGACACCUGGGAGUCAGAAAUCUUUCUGAUUGAGAGGGGGUCAAAUACUUAUUUCCCUAAUUAAAAUGCAAAUCAAUUUAUAACAUUUUUGACAUGCGUUUUUCUGGAUAUUUUUGUUGUUAUUCUGUCUCUCACUGUUCAAAUAAACCUACCAUUAAAAUUAUAGACUGAUCAUUUCUUUGUCAGUGGGUAAACGUACACAAUCAGUAGGGGAUCAAAUACUUUUUUCCCUCACUGUAUAUAUUUAAAAUGGUUAUUUGCUUCACUUAACAUUCUCACCCUGAGUAAAUGUAUACUGAUAUACAGUUAAACAUUAACGACGGUGACACUUUGGGACCACCAAAGCUCAACCCGCCUGUCUUAAUACUAUUAGACCUAUGUCAACUCUAAGGAGAUGCAGGUUCUAUCUUUGAGAUCUCAGUUGAUUUGGCCAGAGACCAAAACAAACUACAACCCUCACGAAAGAUCAAAGGGCGAUGAAAGGUUAGAGGUGACUCUCAACUCUGACAGGUUCAGUGGCAAUUACAUUGGCCAAUCAGCAUCAAUUACAUGUCAGUUAACUGCCAUUGACACAGAGACCUCGAGGUCACGUCAUCAAUUUAGGGUUAAAAUGCUUGACCGACUGAUUAGUUCUCAGACUGGUUAAGAGAGACCACCACACCAGGUUUUAAACCCAGUCUCAAACUGUCCCUGACACAGCACAUUCUAUAGGUGAACGCUUCAGAGGGAAUAGAGAGUAAGUGGUGUAAUUUCACAUUUUAAACCAUUACAAUUCCUGUCAGUGAAUUUCACUUCCAACAUAAGUAAAUGGUUCAUUUGAUGUCAAAGAUUUAUGAUUAUGUUGAAUUUCAUGACUUGGAGUGUAGCUAGCUGUUAAACCUAACACAGUGACAGACUGAUAACGACAGAGUCCUAAUUUAAUAUAAUAUAUGCCAAUUAGCAGAUGCUUUUAACAGUUAAGCAUGCAUCACUUUUUUACGUAUGGGUGGACCCAGGAAUCGGACCCACAGUUCUCAUAUGUUCCAAAGAAUACCUCACUAGUCUCUACCUGUGUGUGUGGUCUCACAUGUGUGUUCCUACCUGUGUGUUGCAGGAGGAGGAUGUGUGGCACAGAUAUCCAUCACAGCAGUGUCGUCACAACGACAGAGUCGUUCGUCCAGCCCGUUCACAAACCCUACAUCACCCUGUGUCAGGGGCACCGCCUCUGUAGCACCUACAAGUAAGAGACACAGCCAUGACUCUCAAGACCACUACUGUCGCUAUCACUGCAAACCCACUGGGCACACACUAGUUGAGUCAACGUUGUUUCCACAUGACGUUGAACCAACGUGGAAUAGACAUUGAAUUGACGUCUGUGCCCAGUGGGAACAUCCCACCUAAUCUUAUCAUAAUACCAUGUACAGUAGAGGUGUGCCGAUUAGUCGGACAAAAUGAGUAUCGUAAAGGAAUAUGGGCAAUUUUCUGGAUACAAUUAUGAUUGGAGUAUUUUUUGUAAUUAUCCGUGAUCGGAAAUAAAUUACUUUUCGGGUGCCAGAAGGCAUCUUUCUCAUGUCAGUCAGUCAGGUGAGGUGCUACGUAGUCUAAAUAACUCAACUGGCUAGUUUGCCUGUCUGUAAAGAGAAGGGCGGGCUGUACGUUGAUUCUGCUGAACUAAUUGGAUAGAGUGAAGCUGUAUUUCUCGGUCCAUUUGCUUCAUAAUUUCACCCGAUCACUUUCACUUCUCUGUUUUGGUCUGAUCAUUCAGACUGCUGCUGCCCAAUGUUCCCUCUAAGCUGCAUGCGUGCGCGGCUGCGCACCUCCUCCAGGACUGCCACGCAGAACAAAUGCCAGGCCACGCAGAGACGCAAGAGAUUGAACUUCACUGAGUCCGCCCCUUUAGUUUGCACUAUAUAGAUCAACGUUUUUUCUGUGAUCGAAUCAACAUUAUAUCAGCCCCUUUUCAAUGCAACAAUCCAAAACAAAUCUAACUUUGCAAGAUUGAGUCUGUGAUUUUGUUGUAGGCAGAGCCAGAGUGCAACAGGAGUAUAAUUCUAUUGGCGGGGGUAGCCCAAGUGCAGUCUUUCAAUCACCUGACAGUGAAUGCGCUUUUCAGAUCAGUUCAGAUCAGACCGCAGGGUGGUGUGCACAUUUGUUGAUCUUCUUUGCUAGUUACCGAGUUAUUAGCUGGGUUAUAGAUAAGUAUAGGUCAGCAAUGGGGAGUUACUGCUUCCUACAAGAGCACAAAAUGUGUAGGCUACAUUUCAAGCUGUCUUUGAAAAAACCAGUCAGGUAAAAAGCUUAUGUCUUAAUUAAAGGGGCAGUGUUGUAUUUUGAGACAGGCUUGAAUAUGCAAAUAAGCCAAUAGGCAGAGGGGUUGCCUACAUUGUCAAAUUCUCUGUAUAGUAAUAAUAAUAAAUGGUAUUUUGUAAAGUGGUUUCUUGCAUUAUGCAACACAAUACAAUGCAAUUUACAGUCCCCUAUUUGGCCCAUGGUGUUACAGACCAAGUAAAAAAAUCAUAAAUUAAUGUCAAGCUCUUCAUAAUGUAAAAAGGUUUUUAAAAGUCUCAUGCAAUGUAGGCCUGCAUUGGACACCACAUAUAGGCUACUGUAGACUAUAUCAUAGAAAUCAAAAGCUAUUUCCAUGUGAAAAUGUUAUGGGAUUUGCUCCAUUGGUUUUGUUGUUAGGCCUACAUUAUACUUAAAUAGCCACAAUAGCCUAUUGCCUACUGUCUAAAACUGUAAGGGUAUAGCCUCAGUUGUCACCUUAAACGCAAGUUCAAAUUUCCGCUCACAAGACCUAAAAUUUGCUCAGUGCCCCCCAAAAUUUGAGGGAACAUUACUGCUACCUUUUGUUAGUCUGCUACUAUGAUACAUCAUAUGGCAAGGACGUUUGCUAUCAAACUAUCAUGUGCAUAAUAUCUAACAAGCAGGGCGAGGGUAGGGAAAAAUAUGGAAUGCUGACGCGCAUUCUGACUGAUAGCAAACUUGUUGAGGAUACAGACCACUCUAUGGCUCCUAAUCUGCAGCUUGUUUGGUCUAUAAACGUGCAGGGAGAUAGGUAUUUUUCCAACAUCUAGUUAGGCAUAUUAAAACGUUUAAUUUUUUUUAGAUCAUGAGUAUCAUCCGAUUCGACUAUCAACUGUAAAUUUACAGGUACGAAUAUGGCCAUGUCAGCACACCCCUAAUACCAUGCUAAUGACACCACAAGGUCCAUAUCACUGCCCAUUCAACUCUGCCCAAACAGGACAUCAUUUAUUAACUACACAAGCAGGGACCAUCGUCCAGUCUGUUCCCAGCUGUACCAUAUUUAAUAUAUGCCAUUUAGCAGACGCUUUUCUAUUUUUUAUUUUUAUGUAUGGGAAUCGAACCCACUAUCCUGGCAUUGCAAGAGCCAUGCUCUACCAACUGAGCUACAGAGGACCACAUAUUUAGCAUUGUCUAUACAGUCUGGCCUCAGCCAACCUCAUGCAAUACAUUAAUCUCUGACACAGAAGAUGUUACGGUGAGGUUUAUACAAUGUUCUACAAUGUUUAUUUGUUAGCUGGGCUACGCUCUAAAGAAGGUAAACAACUCCUGAUAUGUUUUGACAGAGUUGAUGAGUCUUAUCCCUCCAGUAGAAGACCUGCCGCUGUCCUCGCUCCAUCUCUGUUUUUGUCUCUCUCUACCCCCGCCUCCAUGUCUCUCUCCUCCCCCCCCCCCCCUUGUCUCUCUCUCCCCUCUCUGUCUCUCUCUCUCCCCCUCCCUCUGUCUCUCUCCCUCUCCCCCCUCUCUCUGUCUCUCUCUCCCCCCUCUCUCGGCACUCUCCCUCUUUCUCUCCCCCUCUGUCUCUCUCUUCUCCUCCCUCUUUCUCCCCCCCUCUCUCCAUGUCUCUCUCCGUCUCGCUCCGACUCCCCCCCUCUCUCUUGUCUCUGCUCUCUCUCCCCCACCCCUCUCUCUGUCUCUCUCUCCCCUCCCCCCCUCCCUCUCUGUCCUCUCCCUCCCUCCUCCUCACCCCCUCUCUAUGCUCUCUCCCCCCCCCCUCUCUGUCUCUCUCUCCCUCCCUACCCCCUCCCUCUCUGUCUCUCUCUCCCUCCCCCCUUUACCCCCCCUCUUCUCUCUCUCUCCUCUCCCCCCCUCUCUCUCUCUCUCUCCCCCCCUCCCUCCCUCUCCUCCUCUCUCCCCUCUCCCCCCCUCUCUCUCCCGUCCCCCCUCUCUCUCUCCCUCUCUCUCCCCCCUCUCUCUGUCUCUCCUCUCCCCCCCCCCCCCCUCUCUCUCUGUCUCUGUCUCUCUCCUCCCCACCCCUCUCUCUGUCUCUCUCUCUCCCCCCCCCUCUCUCUCUAUGUCUCUCUUUGUCUCUCUCUCAUAUCAUACUUGGACACAGAAGUGGGUCACGGCGGUACAUAUUUUGGUGGAAUAUAAAUAUCAAGCAAUUUGUGUAACUACGGGAAAUGAACAGCCAGCCCACAGAGACCACUGCUGUGUUUAUCUUGGACAACCUCUCCCUCCGUGCUUACGCACUCUUUCAUUCUUUCCCUCCUUCAUUUCUCUCUCUCCUUCAUUCUCCCUUUCCCUUGUUCUCUCUCUCUCUCUGCACAGUAAUGUGGGCAACGCAGCAGACCUCUCCCAGCCGACAACUAUAAUUAUAAACUUUCCUUCCCACCAUGAGGCUGAUGUUACUGAUUAAUUUGUGAGACAUCUUUUGUGAGGCUCCCUCUCUCUCUUUCCCUCUCUCUCUCUCCCUCUCGCUCUCCCUCUCUCUCUUUCCCUCUCUCUUUCCCUCUCUCUCGCCCUCUCUCUUUCCCUCUCUCUCUUUCCCUCUCUCUCUCCCUCUCGCUCUCCCUCUCUCUCUUUCCCUCUCUCUUUCCCUCUCUCUCGCCCUCUCUCUCUUCCUCUCUCUCUCCCUCUCUCUCUUUCCCUCUCUCUCGCCCUCUCUCUCUUUCCCUCUCUCUCUCCCUCUCUCCCCUCUCACUGAGGACAAUGCCAGGAAACAUUUGAGCAGAUUUCAGUGAAACAGCAGAACACAGAACUGGCUUGGCGUCAACCUCACCCCCUACCAUCCUUUCCACAUCCUACCCCCCUUGUCACACACACACUUGGUAACCAUUGGUCCAUGGUCUAGCCUAAGAUUCCUGUGAAUUCUCAUUCUACAUUCUUCUCUGCUGACAUGGAGAAAACUCCAGGAGCUCCGCACGCACACAGUGUUGUCAGACAGGGGAAUCGGACCAAAUGCUACUCAACAGUGUUAGACUAGUCUCAAUUUCUCAGGAUCAUUACUCACACCCAUUUGACUGGCUCUGUGUGGGCAGUAAAGACCCUGUCUGACCUAGCUGUCACUUUCUGUUGUGUGUUUCUCCAGGACAGUGUACAGGGUGGCGUACCGUCAGGUGACCAGAGCAGUGCCAGUCUCACAUUCUUACCCAGAAUGCUGCCCGGGCUGGCGACGACUCCACUCACACAACUGUAACCAAGGUAACGGGGGCUUACACUCUCCUAGUAUGCUGUGUGUAUGUUUUCAUUUUUAUUCAGUUUCUCUCUGUCCUCUCCAGCGGUGUGUGGCCAGUCCUGUGUGAACGGAGGAACAUGUUUAAGACCCAACUACUGUGCCUGUCCUCUGGGCUGGAUGGGACGCCACUGCCAAACAGGUACACACACACACACACACACGCGCUCAUGCAUGAACACAUACGCUCUCUCGCACGUGCGCAAGCAUACACACUAAUGCUUGUACACUAUAAUAAACAAUAUCAGUGACACCCAGUCUCUCCUCCCUCUCUCUGUCAGAUGUGGAUGAGUGCAGUGAGCAGCAGCCCUGUUCUCAUCAGUGUGUGAACAUGGCAGGUAGCUACCGCUGUGUGUGCAGAGAGGGCUACAGGCUGGCAGGAGACGCACACUCCUGUGAGAACCUUCCUCCUUCUCCUGCCCCUCCCACCCGCCCCAGUCAGACAGCAGCAAACGAUCACAGACCCCCCUCCAGUGAUACAGGUACACCUCCACCAUUAUCUUUAUCCGCAGACAUGAUAAUCAAUCACGUGUGUGUGUGUGCUAUGUGUGUGUGCGUGCAAGCAUGUGUGUGUAUGCAUGUGUGUCGUGUGUGUAUGCGUGUGUUUCAGCAAAGCCUCCUAUGGGAGUGAAGAGGAGGACAGACAGGACCACAGCCAGGCUCUUGGUCCAUUAUUACUUUUGGUACGCGCUAUGCCAAACUCUACUCGUACCGUGAGUAAUAAUGCACUGAGACUGGUACAGACUGCGAAGUGGACCGCAUGCAGUCAACAACCAACAAAGUGUGGUCGGGUAUGGUAUGACCAGAUGGACCACACUGAUAACCAGUAUAACAAAGAUUGAUAGACCAACUGUAAGUGGACCACAUGCGGUCAGCAACCAACAGUGUGUGGUCAUGUACAGUACGGUAUGACCUGAUGAACCAUGCUGAUAACCACUAUUUGAACAUCAGCUAACCGUUUGAUGUUGACCAGGUAUGGGCAACUUUGAUGGGGGUGGGGGCCACAAAAAAUCAGAACUCAUCAUGAGGGGCUGCAGUGGCUUGUGGGUCUGCAUACCCACAUCCAUACCCACACAUGCAGUCAGAGCCGGUCCCUAGCCUUUUGGGGCCAGGGUCCCUAAGCUAAAUGUUGUUCUACUAUUCUAACUAUCUGCGGGAGGGGGGAGGGGGGGGGGGGGGGGGGGCAGUUGCCCAUCCCUGAUGUAGACUUACCUUCCCCAUCUUUAACUUAGGAAAACUUCCAACCGUUACAAAACGUUCCUUUAGUAUCGAGUGAAACAUCUUCCUCUCCAACACUUUCACACACUCAAGCUAUUCUCUAAACUGCUGCAUAUUACUGAAGAAAAGGAAAAACAUAGUUCCCAUAGAUGUGCUGUGUUUGGCGUAACUUAGCAACAGGCUAAAAUAACCUCCCCUGUCUAGAAGUGUCUGGAUGGAACCCAAGAAAAUUCCCAUUUCUCUCAGACUGUGUUAGCCAGUAAACUGUAGUACAAUGAGCAUACAGUACAAUACUGUACGCACAUAAAGAAAGACUAAUCAUUUCCUCUACUCUUAUGUCUGUCUGUCUGUCUGUCUGUCUGUCUGGAUAGAGGUGAGAUAUACAGGAGAGAUUGUCUUACACACUAAAAGACACAAAGAGACAAAAACAGCAGUAAAAAACAUGACAGAUUGUACUUGGUGAAAGUGACGCCGGGGGAAUAUGUGCAGGCUCAGUACAGUUCUGUUCUCCUGGCCAACAAAGUGCAAGGCCAGCAGGCUGCCGCAGCAUCAACAUCAGCAGCAGUAUUGUCUUGGUUAAUGGUCAUAUUAUAUCCAUGAACUGUUCAUAUCUAGGCUGAGGUCUGAUGUUGAUGAAGAUCACCAAGAUAAACAUGGGAAUAAAUGCCCUGCUCAGACCGUAACAGCUCACGUCUGAACCCCUCCUUCCUCCCUCCAUCUUUUUUCUUCCUUCUCUCUCUCUUCUUGGCCUGGGACUCCCGCUCUCAUUCCAGCUUCAUCUGCUGGGGGUCAUUCCUCCCCCUCCUCCCUUUCCGCUCGUCUCAGUAGUUCACAUCUGGGAGAGAUUGAGCUGUUAGAGGGUGUUUUAGAUACUGGUGAUCCACAGUAUUUUCAUGUGUUUGUGUGUGUUGUCUACAGGUGGAAGGUUUGGGCUGACUGAGAACGUCACAGAGGAGGUCCAGAGCCUGAAGAAAAGAGUAGAGCUGCUGGAGCAGGUAUGACUGCACCCCCUGUCCUCUACCAUCACCUGCAACACAGCUAUGCUUUGGGGAAUUUUCAGGACUUUCUGGGGAGUAAAAAUGUAUUCCCAUUCAAAAUCCUAUUUUCCCUAACCCCACACUCUAAACCUAACCCUCAAGCCAAAAAUUGAAUUUUAACAAUUUCAGGACAUUAAAAAAGUCCUGACUUUUCAAAAAAUAUGUUGUUUUCCUACCUUGUCAGAACAUUCUGGUGACUUGUCAGGAGAUUGUGGUCCUGAUAAAGUAGGAAAACAUUUGUACACACACAUUCACACCCUCUCACAAACAGGCGUACAUACCCUCUCCCUCCCUAUCCAGUGUACAUGCCCCUUGUAAAGUCCCCCUUAAACCCUUGCCAGUGCCCCUCUAGCAUCUACCACCCACCCUGAACCAUCCCCAGGCAGACACAAGUUAGACUGUUACGCUGGUGUAUUAUCAAAUACCACUCAAGAUGUAAUCAUUAACAUUUGUUAAUCAACAGAGAACACACGCACUCACAAAACCCAGUAUCCUUUGAAACGCCAGACUGUCAUAGUGACCUUUUAAACGUCUUUGAGUUUUUCAUUAGAAGUCAUGUCGUUAAUGCUCCGUGCAUUACAGUAAAAGUGAAUGAGGGGAUGCAGGCAGCUGAAAUGGGAGGAUCCGUAUAAUAUAGCAGUACUUUCACAUUACAGCGACCGCUGCGAUGGCAAGACGGUCUGUAUUGCUGUCAUCCUCUCUGUUGUUGUGUUAGUCACAUACAGUACAGUGGUGCUGGGAACACAUUGAUUGAUUAGUUAAUGAUGUUUAACAGUAUGAAAGCACUUGGGCACCCCUAACUAAACCCCCUCAUAUUUUCUCCCUCCCACUGCCCUUCUCCUCUCUCCCUCUUCCAAACCUCUCCCCCUCUCUCUUCCCUUCUCUCUCCUGUCUCCCUCUUCCAAACCUCUCCCCCUCUCUCUUCCCUUCUCUCUCCUCUCCCCCUCUCUCUUCCCUUCUCUCUCCUGUCUCCCUCUCCCAAAACCUCUCCCCCUCUCUCUUCCCUUCUCCUCUCCUGCCUCCCUCUCCCCCUCUUCCAAACCUCUCCCCCUCUCUCUUCCCUUCUCUCUCCUGCCUCCCUCUCCCAAUCCUCUCCCCCUCUCUCUUCCCUUCUCUCUCCUGCCUCCCUCUUCCAAACCUCUCCCCCUCUCUCUUCCCUUCUCUCUCCUGCCUCCCUCUUCCAAACCUCUCCCCUCGCUCUCCCAAUCUCCUCUCUCCCUAUCCUCUCCCUCCUCUCCCUCCUCUCCAGAAGCUCCAGUUGGUCCUGGCCCCCUUCACCAGUCUGUUCCCCAUGUCACUGGACGAGGGCGUGUCUGAGAAAACCAGCUUCCUGUCCCACUCCUUCCAGCAGCUGGAUCGCAUCGACUCGCUUAGCGAACAGAUCGGCUUCCUCGAGGAACGCCUCGGAACCUGUGAGUGGAUAAAGACAAAGUUUUAAAUGUUUUUUUCGUUGUACUCCUCUUGUUGGACAGGACAAAGUGGCCAUAUACAGUUGAAGUCGGAAGGUUACAUACACUUAGGUUGGAGUCAUUAAAACUCGUUUUUCAACCACUCCACAAAUUUCUUUUUAACAAACUAUUGUUUUGGCAAGUCGGUAGGACAUCUACUUUGUGCAUGACACAAGUAAUUUUUCCAACAAUUGUUUACAGACAGAUUAUUUCACUUAUAAUUCCAGUGGGUCAGAAGUUUACAUACACUAAAUUGACUGUGCCUUUAAACAGCUUGGAAAAUUCCAGAAAAUGAUGUCAUGGCUCUGAUAGGCUAAUUGACAUCAUUUGCGUCAAUUGGAGGUGUACCUGUGGAUGUAUUUCAAGGCCUACCUUCAAACUCGAUGCCUAUUUGCUUGACAUCAAGGGAAAAUCAAAAGAAAUCAGCCAAGACUUCAGAAAAAUAAUUGUAGACCUCCACAAGUCUGGUUCAUCCUUGGGAGCAAUUUCCAAACGCCUGAAGGUACCACGUUCAUCUGUACAAACAAUAGUACGCAAGUAUAAACACCAUGGGACCACACAGCCAUCAUACCGUUCAGGAAGGAGAUGUGUUCUGUCUCCUAGAGAUUAACGUACUUUGGUUCGAAAAGUGCAAAUCAAUCCCAGAACAACAGCAAAGGACCUUGUGAAGAUGCUGGAGGAAACAGGUACAAAAGUAUCUAUAUCCUGUAGCUCAGUUGGUAGAGCAUGGCACUUGCAACGCCAGGGUUGUGGGUUCGUUUCCGACGGGGGGCCAGUAUGAAAAUGUAUGCACUCACUAACUGUAAGUCGCUCUGGAUAAGAGCGUCUGCUAAAUGACUAAAAUGUAAAUGUAAAACGAGUCUUAUAACGACAUAACCUUAAAAACCGCUCAGCAAGAAAGAAGCCACUGCUCCAAAACCGCCAUAAAAAAGACAGACUACGGUUUGCAACUGCACAUGGGGACAAAGAUCGUGUCACGAUCGUCGGAUAUAGAGGACCAAGGCGCAGUGUGGAAGGUGAACAUACUUAUUUAUUAAAUGAUACACGAACAAAACAACAAAUCGAUACGUGACGUCCACAGGUGCAAAACACAAACCAACACGGAACAAGAUCCCACAAACACUGUGGGAAAACCACCUGACUAAAUAUGGUUCCCAAUCAGAGACAACCAGCAACAGCUGAUACUCGUUGCCUCUGAUUGAGAACCACUCUGGCCAACAUAGAUAUACAAAACUAGACUAGACACAACGAGCACAAAACAUAAACUCUACACACCCUGGCUCAACUUAAAAGAGUCCCUAGAGCCAGGGCGUGACAGAUCAUACUUUUUGGAGAAAUGUCCUCUGUUCUGAUGAAACAAAAAUAGAACUGUUUGGCCAUAAUGACCAUUGACUCUGCAACGGUACCCCCCUGUAUAUAUAGCCUCCCUACUGUCACUUUAUUUUACUGUAUAUAUAGCCUCCCUACUGUCACUUUAUUUUACUUCUGCUCUUUUUUUCUCAACACUUUUUGUUGUUGUUGUUUUAUUCUUACUUUUUUUGUUUAAAAUAAAUGCACUGUUGGUUAAGGGCUGUAAGUAAGCAUUUCACUGUAAUGUCUGCACCUGUUGUAUUCGGCGCAUGUGACCAAUAAAAUUUGAUUUGAUUUGAUUUGUUAUGUUUGGAGGAAAAAGGGGGUCACUAGCAAGCCGAAGAACACCAUCCCAACCGUGAAGCACGGGGGUGGCAGCAUCAUGCUGUGGGGGUGCUUUGCUGCAGGAGAGACUGGUGCACUUCACAAAAUAGAUGGCAUCAUGAGGAAGGAAAAUUAUGUGGAUAUAUUGAAGCAACAUCUCAAGACAUCAGUCAGGAAGUUAAAGCUUGGUCGCAAAUGGGUCUUUCAAAUGGACAAUGACCCCAAGCACACUUCCAAAGUUGUGGCAAAAUGGCUUAAGUACAACAAAGUCAAGGUAUUGGAGUGGCCAUCAUAAAAUCCUGACCUCAAUCCUAUAGAAAAUGUGUGGGCAGAACUGAAAAAGUGCGUGCAAGCAAGGAGGCCUACAAACCUGACUCAGUUACACCAGCUCUGUCAGGAGGAAUGGGCCAAAAUGCACCCAACUUAUUGUCGGAAGCUUGCGCAAGGCUACCCGAAACGUUUGACCCAUGUUAAAGAAUUUAAAGUCAAUGGUACCAAAUACUAAUUGAGUGUAUGUAAACUUCUGACCCACUGGGAAUGUGAUGAAAGAAAUGAAAGCUGAAAUAAAUCAUUCUCUCUACUAUUAUUCUGACAUUUCACAUUCUUAAAAUAAAGUGGUGAUCCUAACUGACCUAAGACAGGGAAUAUUUACUAGGAUUAAAUGUCAAGAAUUGAGUUUAAAUGUAUUUGGCUAAGGUGUAUGUAAACUUCUGACUUCAACUGUAAUGGCUUGAAGUGGAUGUGAAGUGAUUUGGUUGACUAUGGAUAGUAACAUUGAUUUGUCCUGUGUUGCUAAAGGUUCCUGCCAGGAGAAUUAGACACAACAGGACUGGGUCACCCUCACCAACCAGACAUCUCCACAUAAGUCUGAGUCCACAACACAAUAACAAUAGGAAUGGAAUGCAUGCCCCAGCCCAGCGAUAUGGGAGGACGAGGAAGAACACUAGUAAAACAUAGGCCUACUCAGUGUUUGUGUAUUCCUGUUCCUAUACCAGCCCAAAGGCUAACCCUAACACUAGCUCUAUGAUGGGCAACCCUGUCAACCAACCCUGUCAUGUGCUAUAUGUCAGUGACACAGACAACCCAUUUAAAUGUCCCUUUCCUUCACUCCCAACAGCGUCAUUUCAUGUCAUUGCUGUAUUACGGAGAGACAUAGAAUAGCAUCACCACCUGUGACAGGGUUACAGGGGCCUCAUUCUCCCAUUACCACAUUACCUGAGAGUCAAAGUUCAAACUGCCAAUUUCACUCUGAAAUAUCUGGUUUCCAUGUUUUAGGUUCACAUCAGUCCACUGUCAGAGCUCCCAUGGUGGGGCUCGCAUGGACAGCUGUAUUUAUGUUUCUAAGUUAUAAUUCCUUGUGCUUAUUUCAUAGAGCUACCUACAAUAUAGUAUUUUGUUUUUUACCUUGUUUUGUAAAUUUUUGUAAUAAAAUUGAUUAAUCAAAAAUGUCUAGUAGAAGACUUGUGUGUGCUCCACGUGGAAGAAGAACAAGAGAUCUCAUUUGAACACAUUACUAGUUGCCGAUUUCAAUUCUAUGGAGAGAUAGGAAACAGUCUCGCAGGGUCCAAAUCUCGUCUGCGAAGCCUGGGUCUCCGAGGCUAGGAAACACACAGCAAUAAAUAACUACAUCAGCUCCUUAAGAAAAAAUUAAUGACAUUUAUUGAUUAUUUUCCAAGGAAUUCAUCAAACACAUUUAUCGAUAUUUCUAUGAAAUCAAGAAACACUACAUCAUCGAUAUUAACCAGAUACUACAAUGGGCUUCUAUGUUGUCGUGUGUGUCCGUACACACCACACCACACACACACGGCUCAGCAGGAUGUCGUAAGACAAAGAUGCUUCGGCCAGCUCAAUUGUUCAUAGUCAUCUAAAGCUACCAACAGAUUACACUUUAAUAGCUUUGGUGAAAUUCAUAUAUUUUGAUAAGAUUUGUUCUUUUUAAAUAUAACCACGCAAACUCAACAUGAAAAGUGCUUUAUUCAUAUUUAGAAUACUUUAAAUCUUUCUCCAAUAUCUUAAAUAUAAUUUUGUAAACAACAGCCAGAUCAACCGACCAGGCUCUCUCAAGAAGUGCUGCAGAGCCUGUUGAGUUAACAUAUGAUCGUCAUCGAGUCAAUGACGCUUUUAGCUGACACACUAGAAAGUUAAGCUACAAAAUGACCAUGAAAAUUAUCAUAAAAAGAUUAACAAUAGGCUAACUAUUGACCAUUGUCUAAAAAUCAAUGACGGUAUACAUUUGGUUGAAACCAAUUUGGUAGCAUCUUUGAUGAACAUUCAAACCUCUGUUGUAAGAUUUAAAAAAGACACCACUCCAUUUGAAGAUAAGCAACAACAAAAACCAUGAAAGACUUACUCUCGUUAAUAUAUACUUCUAUUAACAAAAACGAAUGUCACAGAUUAAUUUGAUGUAUUCGGACCGACUGGCGUAUGUAUAUUCCUUACAUUGUGGUACUGGCCUUCAAGAACAUAAAGAUGAGGAAAGCCCGAGCCUUGAGUUGAUUUACUCCUAGGAGCCAAGUAAGCCAAGAGCCCAGCAGGUACCGGUAAAGCUACUGCAGCCACUCGACUAUGAAGAGGCCUCGUAUACAGGUUUAAUACCAGACAAAGAAUAGAUGAUUUCACUCCUACAGCAUGAGCGGCUCAGCAGAGUUGGAGUCAAUCAAUUCCAUUUUCAAUUCAGUCAAUUCAGGAAGUAAACUGAAAUUCUAAUUACACAUUUUUCAGAGAAGCGUUGAGGAUAAUUGAAAUUGAAAUGUCAUUUGUUUUUGGAAUUGACUGAAUUUAAAUUGAUUGACCCUCAACCCUGUUCCUCAGGAAGUUUGGGUGCACACCAAAGAAAAAUGCUGGAGAUAAACGAAUUAAACACUUAAUUUUACCUUAAUUCUAAAUAAAUACAAUUAAUAAUUGACAUUUCUUAGUGUCAGAAACCGACUGUAUGCAAGACAACAUUCCAUUGAAAUAAGUUAUACUUGAAAAUUCAAAAAGGAUUGAAAAAGAAAGUGUUAAAUGCAAUAAGUAGUACACAAAUAAUCCUGAAAUACAUUCUCAGACCGGUGUUUUUGACGGGCAAAAAGUUUCAAGUGACGUCAUAUUAGCCAACUGUAAUGUAAAGGCAGUGAAUAUAAAAAAUGUCAAAAUCUGGAUACAAAUUAUAAUGAUAAGAAGCUGCGUUGCCAUACAUCAAAAGUAUUUCAGUCAUUCCAGUCACCUGUCUAUUAAUUACAAAAUAUAAAACCUCACAAGUUUACGAACUUUGAUUAUUACUACCUUGAAAACAAGGCCAAAAACAUUCAGCCAAUUCCUUCCUUCCUUUAAAAAUAGACAACGCCUUUUCCCCUCAGAGUUCUACAUAUGAUACACCAUCCAUCGAUAAAAACAUCAAUUUAAUAUUCUCCUAUGCCUGUAUCCCUCUUCCCCAUUCCCCUAUAUUAGGAAAAGCACCGGUUUAUCAAGUAUAAAGCUAAGGUGACCACUCUGACAGCAGCCCUUCUAUACUGAACAAAAAUAUAAACGUAACAUGUAAAGUGUUGGUCCCAUGUUUCAUGAGCUGAAAUAAAAGAUCCCAAAAAUGUUCCAUUGGCACAAAAAGCUUGUCUCUCAAAUAUUGUGCACACAUCUGUUUACAUCCCUGUUAGUGAGCAUUUAUUUUUUGCCAAGGUAAUUUAAGUGUGGCAUAUGAAGAAGCUGAUUAAACAUCAUGAUCAUUACACAGGUACACCUUGUGCUGGGGACAAUAAACAGCCACUCUAAAAUGUGCAGUUUUCUGUCUGUAAUAAAGUUUUUCCCCCUAACAAAUUCUGAUUGGCUGGGCCUGGCUCCCCAAUGGGUGGGCUUUGCUCCCAAGUGGGUGGUUCUAUGCCCUCCCAGGCCCACCCAUGGCUGUGCCCCUGCCCAGUCAUGUGAAAUCCAUAAAUUAGGGCCUAAUGAAUUUCAAUUGAUUGAUUUCCUUCUAUGAGCUGUAACUCAGUCAAAUCUUUAAAAUUGUUGCGUUUAAAUUUUUGUUCAGUAUAGUUACCAGGUAACAAUAAGGAACAUUUUGCCAAGCAAAGAAUGCACAAGACUUAGCUAAUAAAGAAAUGUUACUGUGCUGUUUAGCAAUUGUCAAUUUCCUGGGAAAAUGAAUUAUACAACAUAUUUGGGUAUAUGUUACUGAACUAUGGGGACUGCUUUCAUGAUGGUUACCAAAAUACAGGUUGGUGUUGAUUCCCAUUUCACCUCUUCUGAGAUGUGUUUUGGGGGUGUAGGCUGGGACAAGCAGGGUUUAUUAGUAGUUAGUAAACAUUCAAGUUAAGAUUAACAUUAAAACAAAAGAGAACUUAACCACGUCAAACAUGAUUAGAUUUGAGAUGUUAAGCCUCCUGAUAUCAUUACGAUACCAUCGUCUCUGCAGUGCAGCGAGGACUGAAACCGUAAAACCGAUCAAUCACUAACAGAUCACGGGGUGGUCACACUUUAACCGUCACGUGUUACAUUUAAAACACUCCCCUAAUUAGAACACUUCGUACUGUACCCGUGUUACAUCUAGAUCACUCCCCAAUGUGUUGUUUUAAACACUAGCACACUUUUGCCAACAAAAACCAGAGUUUCUAUUGGACAAAUUCAAGUAGAUCCCGCCCCGUUUCGUUCCGUUUGCUCCAUUUGCUUUGUUUGGCUCUUAAAACGGUUUCCGAUGCAAUAUGUAAUGAAUACAUCCCAGAACUCUUGCACUUUGGAACAGUUUUUCUUGAACAGCUGGACAUUGCACUUCAUGAAAUCACCUUUGACACUUCUUCAAUAGGUUCUCCACACACGAAGAACAGAACUUUAAGACAUAAAAGUCACAUAAAAAUAAAAACACCAUAUGAUGUAGAAAUAAAUAAAGAGAAAUAUAGAACACAGCUGAAAAAACAAAAACACUUUGCUCAAUGUUACAUGCAGGUUAUUUCUUAGGUGGUUAGAAAAUUAAAAAUAAGAACAUCUGUGUAGUACACCAACAAUGCACAAUGUUUGGAAACUGAUGAGUCCAGUAAAGUCCAUGAAUUCAUUGAUGAUGGUUCUCGUCUUCGUUGUUCUUUGUACAUGUUUUGUAUCCCUUGUCGUGGUACAGUAUAUCAUGGUACAGUAUAUCAUGGUACAGUAUAUCAGUGUGGUCCUCUGUAGCUCAGCUGGUAGAGCAUGGCGCUUGUAACGCCAAGGUAGUGGGUUCGAUCCCCGGGACCACCCAUACACAAAAAUGUAUGCACGCAUGACUGUGAGUCGCUUUGGAUAAAAGCGUCUGCUAAAUGGCAUAUUAUUAUUAUUGAGCUAUUGUGAUCAGGUGGUUGAGAAGCCAGUGUGGUAUGUAUGUAUGUAUGUAACGAUAUAAAUUGGAUUCCACUGAGACACAGAUAAGGAACAAGUCCCUAGUCAACUAUUGUUGACCUCUCCUCAUGUCUCUGUUGCCCUCCACCUCCCCUCCAGACCCUGGUUCUACAGACCCCCUGGUCCAGACCCUGGUUCUACAGACCCCCUGGUCCAGACCCUCUGUUCCCCCUCUCCUUCACAGAGGCAAGAGGCUGGAAUGCAGAACAGGGGAGGAUAUACUGGGGUUGGGUGGGAUGUGGUGCUGGGCGGUGGGGUGGUUGUGUGUUUUAAGCAGGGUGGUUGUGUGUUGUGCGUGUCUUUAAGAGCGCAUUAAGAAAAAAGGUAUAAGUAUCCACUGGUGACAUUUAUGACAAUCAAAAGUCAAGCCGGAGGGAGGGAGGGAGGGAGGGGGAAAAAAGGCAAACCAUAAAGCCUCUUAAAAACAGAUCAACAAAACAACAAAAAGGUGGACAACAGAGCUAUCCUAAAGGAAUGCAUGAUGAACUCACAUCACAUCCAUACCGUUCUAUUCUAACCUGCAGAGCAAACAGAGCUGCUGCAGUGAGAGGUCAGGGCUGGACUGUACUGGGCUGGGUCGGACCAGGAACCAACCACAACCAAAACUAGACCAGGCCAAAACAACAGAAAACAGAGAAGAGAUCAUGACAGAGACC